AUGUCGGCCCCUGAAGUUGCUAUCAUCGGCGCUGGCCUCGCUGGCCUCACUCUGGCCCUGGCGCUGCAUAAGCAAGGCAUCAAGGCCACGAUAUACGAGUCCAGACCGGCGCCUCUCAACAUCGGUGGCGCAGUCAUGCUGUCUCCCAAUGCCCUGAAAGUCUUGGAUGCCUUGGACUUGUACCAUGAGGUCCGUGGACGGGGUUACAACUUUGAGCUGCUCAAGGUGGUCAAAGUCGACGGUGAACUCAUCGAGACCUACGAGUUUGGCGGCAAGGAGAAAUAUGGGUACCAGGCAAACCGGUGCUACCGCUACGAGCUCAUCGAUGUCAUCCUCUCCAAGAUCAAGUCGCUGGGUAUACCGGUGGUGUUUGGUCGCAAGUACACUCGUGUUGUCGAGGAGACUGAGGAUCACAUCGUCUGGGAGUCGAGUGACGGCGCACAGUCCACUGCGUCCUUCCUCGUGGGUGCCGACGGGAUCCACUCAUCUGUCCGCAAAUACCUCUAUCCAGACGUGGAACCAAAGUUCAUUGGCAUGGCGGGUAUCACCUCGGCAGUCCCGGCGAGCCAAGUGACCUACCCCUACGGAAAGAUUGACCAACCUUUGACCAUCACGGCUGAGGGAAAGGGUGCGUUCGUCAUCGCGCCUCAGAAACCUGACGCGUCGGAAAUGUUCUUCGGGAAACAGAAACGCAUCGACGAGCUGGACCGAGCAGGAUGGGACAAGUUUCUUGCGGAUAAGGAAGGCCUGGUCAAGUUCCUCCAGGAAGACGCCGAAGCAUUUGGCGAGGUUGCUGUGACUGCCACGGCAAAGAUCCCACACGACAAAAUCAACGUGUGGCCCUUCUAUGUCAUCCCGCAUUUGGACAGGUGGGCUUCCCAGAAGCGCCGGGUCGUGAUCCUCGGGGAUGCCGCCCAUGCCAUCCCACCCAGUGCCGGUCAGGGCAUCAACCAGGCGUUUGAGGACGUGUACAUGUUCUCCCUUCUCCUGGCAGCGGUCAAGGACCAGGGUGUCAAUUUCGAGGACGCUUUGACGUUCUGGCAGGGCUACCGUCAAGGCAGGGUCAACAAGAUCUUGGAGCUGAACAAGCAGAUCGACCUGAGGAGGAUGCCCAAGGGCACACGACCCACCGAACUCGCGGGUGAGGUCGUGCAGAAGGACUUUGACUUGCAGUGGCUUUACGAGCCUGACUUCAAGGCCGAAGUGGAAAACUGGAUCCGAAGCACUAUAUCUUAG